AUGGCGGCGGACAGCUGGAUUUAUGGGCGCUGGGAGGCGAACGAUCAGCCAGUCAUUUGUCAUCUCUCACCAGCAGGAGCUCUAAUUGGACUGGAGGCUCGGUGGGCGAAUGAAAUCAGCCCUCGACUCCUCGGACGUUUUAAUCAACGAGUCCUGCAGGUGUGGGGUCUCAGCGGGGGGGGGGGCCAUCUCGGUAGGAGAACGGGAGGUGAAUUACAACAGCCGCUGCAUCGCUCCCCCGGCGCUGAGGCGUCAGAGCAGCGUGAGAGGUCAGAGGUCAAGCAUCAGCUGGUCCAGAUCUCACGGGGGAAUCCACGUUCCCUCGCCACGGACUCCGUCUGUGCAGCGACCUCCGGGUCAAACCCAUUCGGCCCACUGUGCGUUCAGGAGAACAACACAUCCUGGAGUCCACAAUCCUGUCUGGAGUGCACCUGCUUCGGGGACGUGUCCAUCUGCAAACCCCCCCACUGCCCCAACCCCCAGUGUGACUUCCAGAAGGGCGAGCUUUUGAGAUUCCCUGCCAACAAGUGCUGUCCCGAGUGCGUGUCCUCGUCCCCGGGCUCCUGCCAGCACGACGGAAUCCUCUAUCAGCAUGACAGCCAGUGGAGUCCCUGGGCCUGUUUGCUGUGUCUUUGCUCCAGAGGAAGUGUAUCGUGCAGCGCUCGCCCCUGCCCCCCCCUCAGCUGCCCAGAGGACGAGAGCCCGUUCACUCCGGAUGGCGAGUGCUGUCCCAGGUGUGGCCGCGGUGGAGACUCCUGCUACUGGCAGCAGGCUGACUACAGGGAUGGGGAGCAGUGGGAGCCCAGCCUCUGUUCCAGAUGUGUCUGCAGCAAUGGGGUCGUCCAGUGUUCGGUGGCAGAGUGUCAGCAAGUGGCGUGCAAACCUCACGAGAACCUGGUGAUUCAGCCGGGACGGUGUUGUCCUCAGUGUGUGUCCAACCCCUGUCUGUCUGCUGGGAAGCAGCACCAGGACGGCGAGCAGUGGCAGAAGAACGCCUGCACAACUUGUGUGUGCGACCGGGGUCAGUCUCGAUGCCACACACAAACCUGUCGGCCGAUCAGCUGUGACAAGGGUCAAACCAAAGUGAAGCGAGCCGGUCAGUGCUGCGACGAAUGCGCCGCCGCCAAGGAGAGCUGCCUGUACGAGGGCGUGGUGCGUUACCACGACGACACGUGGAACGAGAAGGGCUGCGACUUCUGCAGCUGCAACCGGGGUCAGGUGAUCUGCCGGGGCGCCGAGUGCGGCCGCGUGGAAUGUCCUCAGGGAUCGGAGCUUGUUCGACCGACGGGAAAAUGCUGCCACGAGUGUUCCUCCGAGAAACCGUCCUGUGUCCACGAGGGGAAAUCCUACAAGGACUCGGCUCACUGGACCGAUGGAAGCUGCCGUGAGUGUGAAUGUCGCGAUGCCCAGGUGACUUGUUAUCUGCGCUCCUGCCCCACCUGCCCUACAGGAACCCUGUCUGUCACCCGGGAGGGCGGCUGCUGCCCCGAGUGUAGUCAAGUCCAGUGUCACUCCGACUGUCUCUCGUGUUCGGGGACUCCGGAGCACUGUGAGAGCUGCAGGGACCCGAAGGCCGUCCUCCACCUCGCCCGCUGUCUGUCCGUCUGUCCAGCUGGACUCUACCCCGAGGGACGAGAGUGUAAAGCCUGCCAGUCCACCUGCUCCACCUGCUCCAGCCCGUGGGACUGUCAGUCCUGCGGCUCCCAGAAGCCUCUGCUGAGCGCCGGGCGUGACCAGUGCCUGACUUCCUGUCCGCCGGGCUCCUACCAGCACGACCACACACUCUGUCGCCACUGUCACGAGUCGUGCUCUGAAUGCCGCGGGCCGGGUCAGCAGGAGUGUGUGUCCUGCUCAGACCCGGCUGCCUUGCUCAAGGACGGGGAGUGUGUCCCGGACUGCGGCGCUGGAUUCUACAGUCGGGACGGCGGUUGCCACGCCUGCGACUCGUCCUGCGCCUCCUGUUUCCCUGACAACCCCAAGUGCAUGAGCUGCCCUCCAGCCACUGCCUUGCAUCAUGGGAAAUGCAUCAGCCAGUGUCCGGCUCAGCAUUACCUGGAUGACCACAACAGAUGCAGAGCCUGCCACAGCUCCUGCGCCUCCUGCUCGGGUCCCUCGGCCUCCCAGUGCAGUCUGUGUCCGGCCGGGCUCCUCCUCCACCAGGGCCAGUGUGUGGACGCCUGUGGGGAGGGGCUCUACUCGCAGGACAACACCUGCCACAACUGUCACCCGUCCUGCCGCUCCUGCGUCGGCCCGCUGGCCUCAGACUGCCUCCGCUGCCUCAAACCAGAGGAAGCUCUCCUGCCGCAGCCGGGUCUCCUGCCGCACGGCGUCUGCACAGCUUCCUGUCCCGCACGCAGCUUCCUGGACGACCUGCAGACGUGCAGAGAGUGUGAUCCCAGCUGCCUGCAGUGUACUGGACCUUCUGCAGACAACUGUACAUCCUGUCCGUCCCCGUCCCACCUGCACCAGGGCCUGUGUGUCCCCUCCUGUCCCCAGGGCUUCUUCGUCCAGGACAGCGAGUGCCAAGGGUGCCACCCGUCCUGCCAGGCCUGCGCUGGCCCCUCCCAGGCCGACUGCACUUCCUGUCCGCCGCUGGCCGCCCUGCAGAGCGGCUACUGCCGGACGAGCUGCCAGGAGGGGCUGUUCCUCAACGCUGCCACUGGAGAGUGCCUCAAGUGCAGCUCGGACUGCCAGCGCUGCUCAGCCGACCUGCAGACGGGCGUCGGCAGCGUGUGCCUCUGGUGUCGAGAGACCAGGACCUGGCUGCUGGGAGACCACUGCACCCCCCACUGCCCCCGGGGCCACUACGGCUGGCACGGAGCCUGCAUGAGAUGUCAUUCGUCAUGUGAGGCCUGCGGAGGGGCGGGGCCUCUCGCCUGCACUUCCUGCCACGGCAGCAACGUCCUGCUGGCGUCGGGCCUCUGUGCUCCCAGAUGUCCCCUCGGUUACUAUGACAACGGUCACAGGGUCUGUCAGGCCUGCGAGCGCCAGUGCCAGACGUGCGACAUGGCCGGCGUCUGCACUUCCUGCCGCGACCCGGCCAAGGUGCUGCUGUUUGGCGAGUGCCAGUACGACAGCUGCGCCCACCAGUACUACCUCAACACCAGCACCCGCGCCUGCAGAGAGUGUGACUGGAGCUGUAACGCUUGUCGUGGUCCCCUGAGGACGGACUGUCUUCAGUGCAUGGAGGGAUACGUGCUGCAGGAGGGCGUGUGCACCCAGGGCUGCCCCCCCGGCUCCUACCGGGAUGGAGACAGAUGCCUCGGUUGUGACGAGCACUGUGUGCAGUGUGGAGGUCCCGGACAGUGUCAGCAGUGUCAGCCCCCCCACGCCCCCCUGCUGGGUCAGUGCGUGCUGGAAUGUGGGAGGAACUACUUCCUGGACGCUUCCACGCAGAUCUGCAAACCGUGCUCCUCAGACUGCGCCCUGUGCGACGGCGUCGGACGCUGCCGGGCCUGUCGGGACCGAACCUUCCUCAUCGAAGGAUACUGCGCCCCGGACUGUGGUCACGGUUACUACGGCGACCAGAAGACCAGGACCUGCCAGGCCAACACCCACCCCCCCGCCCUCCAGGUGAACGGCUCCCUGCUGGUCCCGGUCGGUGGCUCCUCCCCUCUCUCGCCCGCCUUGCUCGCGGUCCAGGACCCCGACAGCCCCCCCGAGCGGCUCGUCUUCCAGCUCGUCCAGGGUCCGACCAACGGGCGUCUGCUUCUGUUCGGAGAGAGCGAGGGAGAAGGGAGGGGGGGGCGAGGGAGAGGCGGCCAGGAGCUGACCGGAGAACACACCUUCACGUGGGAGGAGCUAAGGAGUGGACGCGUCCGCUUCAAGCAUCAGAAAGACAAAUCCAGGACCGGUGAGUUCAGCCUGCGAGUCGCUGACCCUCAGUUGUUUUCUCAACCAGAAACAAUCCAAGUUCAAGUCGUGUCAAUGCAGCCUCCGAGGGUCACGACUCUCGCUCCGCUACCGGUGAAGGGCCCGGGCGCCACGGCGACCAUCACCAAGUCCGUCCUGCAGCUGGACGACCCCGACAACCCGGCCGACGUUCUGAUCAUGGUGCUGGAACCCCCCCGUCACGGCCAGCUGUCCCGUCUCCACGGCGACCGGGCGCUCAGCCGGUUCAAGCUGGAGGAGCUGGCGCGGGAACAGAUCCAGUACGUCCACGACGGCUCCGAGUGGGAGGAGGACUGGGGGGUGCUGCAGGUCAGCGACGGCCACAGCUACAGGAACGUUCUCCUGCAGGUGACCAUCAACCAGAAGGCUGCUGACUCACCGCUGGUUCAGUCUGUGCCGAUGACCUGGGUGAAAGAAGGAGGGAUGGUGCGACUGGAUAGAAAAUACCUGCAGGCACAUUUCAAGGAAGUCGGCUCUGAUGAAAUCGUCUACACCAUCCUGGCCUCAGACGGACGACCUCAACACGGUGAGGUGGUGCUGGUGUCCAUGCCAGCGGACGGCCCCCCCGAGGGCUGGCGUCCCUCGCUGGCCGACGACCAGGGCUUCACCUCCACCUCCUCCUUCACCCAGCAGGACGUGAACGACGGCACGGUGUGGUAUCACCACUUCGGCCGCGGCAGCGACAGCGACUCCUUCCAGUUCCAGGUUUCCACUGAUUCUGCGGCGCUCGUACAAGGCGACGCCCAGACUUUCACCAUCGGAGUCCUGCCCCAGAUCCCAGGAUUCCCUCAGCUCGACCCCGACUGUGACCUGCAGAUCACGGCUCUGGAGGAUCGGGUGACGGAGAUCCCACCUUCAGCUCUGUCCUUCAUUGACUCGGAGACUCCCAGCGAGAAGCUCAUCUACAACGUCACUAAACCUCUACCACAAGGACAAGGAGCGAUCGAGCACCGGGACCGGCCGUACACGCCGGUGAUCCACUUCACUCAGGCUGACGUUAACAACGGCAAGAUCAUUUACAGGCCGCCACAGGCGCCAUCGCACCUGCAGGAGCUGUACCAGUACUCCUUCAUCGGUCUGCCGGAGUCGCUCAGCGUCUAUUUCACAGUGUCAGACGGAGAGCACACCACUCCAGAGCUGGACUUCGCCGUCCUGCUGCUGUCAAACCAUCAGCAGCCGCCGGUGUUCCAGGUCCUGGACCCGCUGCUGGAGGUCAGCCUGGGAGGACAGGCUGCCAUCGGUGGUCAGCAGCUGGCGGUAAGUGAUGCUGACACGGCCCCAGACGAGCUGGAGUUCGAGCUGGUGGAAGCUCCUCUCCACGGAGAGCUGAUGAGGACUGAAGGCAACACACAGACUGGCAUGACCAACGGCGACAUCUUCACCUUCAGCGACGUCACCCGUAACGUCCUCCUCUACCGCCACGCCGGCCUCUCCUCUCAGGACGACGCCCUCACCUUCUCCGUGAGCGACGGCAUCUCCAUGGCGACCACGGUGGUGCAGGUGGAGGUGCUGGGCGCCGCGGGCGACGGGCCGCAGCGCGACCCCGCGGCCACGCUGUCGCUGGAAGUGGGCGAGAAGAGCAGCACGGUGGUCCGACGCUCACACCUGGCUUACACCGAUCUCAAGUCCCCGGAUGAGGAGAUCCGGAUCCAGCUGGUGUCGGUGCCGAUGUACGGCAUCGUGACCCGGAGCCGGUCCCAGCAGGAGCACCAGGAGCUGAGGGAGUACUCCUCCUUCACCAUGGAGGACGUCAACCAGCACCGGAUCAGGUACAUCACCUCCCUGGAGACGGGCAGCCAGCCGGUGACCGACAUCUUCCACUUCGUUGUUUACGACGGAGACAACAAUCGCCUUGACAACCAGAUGUGCACCAUCACCAUCACCUCCACGCCCAGGCAGCCGCCGGUGGUGACCGUCCGCAGCGGCCUCAAGGUCCAGGAAGGGGGGCGUGUGCAGCUGUCCACCAAUCACAUCAUCGUGUCGGACCUGGACACGCCCAGGAAGGACCUGCUGGUCUGGCUCGUCAGUCCUCCCAAAUACGGCUUCAUCGAAAACACCAACAUCGGAGGCUCGGUCGGCGGCUCGCGGGUCGUCACGCCCGAUUCUCCUUUCUCUGUGGAGGACCUGACGUCCGACCACAUCUUCUACGUCCAGGACGGGAAGCGCAAGGCUCAGGCCGGGCAGGACGUCUUCAGCUUCUACAUCAGCGACGGCAACAGCCAGACCGAGGCCGUCAACGUGGAGAUCGACAUCCAGCAGAGCAAAGAGAGCAGAGAGCCGGUGGUGUCGGUCAGCAGCAUCCACGUGGAGGAGAACUCUGGCGUGGUCAUCACCAACUCGUCCCUCAGCGUCCUGGACCAGGACACGCCGGAGAACGAGAUCCUGUUCACCAUCAUCAGGAUCCCAGCCUAUGGGAAGCUCCGCAGACGUCAGUUCUACUCGCAGCCGCUGGAGAACGGCCGGGUGCUCACGCAGGGUUCCACCUUCACCUACCAGGACGUCCUGGACCAGCUGCUGGUCUACACCCCCGACAUCGUGAGCGGGGGGGCCGACGAGAUGGCCUUCACCCUCACAGACGGCAUCUACACGCACACGGGUCGCCUGGAGUUCACCAUGGACGUCACGAGGAGCGAAGGGCCGAGGAUGACCGUCAACAGAGGCCUGCAGCUCCCGGCCGGAUCUUCGUCUAAGAUCAGCGAGCAGAACCUGAAGGGCACGGACAUCGACUCGGACAGCCUGAAGCUGCGCUACGUCCUCACCAAGGAUCCGCCGGGGGGGAAACUGCAGCUCAGCAGGAGCGGACGCGUGGAGAAGGUUUCUGUCAAAGGUCUCGUGCAAAGCUUCACGCAGGACGACGUCAACAAAGGCCUGCUGCAGUACAGCCAUGAGAAAGGGGAGAAGGGCGGAAGCCAGUUUUUCAAGUUCAACCUCGUGGAUCCAGAGGGCAACAAGCUGAUCGACCAGUCCUUCUUCAUCAGCGUGCUCGAGGACCGUCUCCCCCCCUCUGUGGUGGUGAACAAAGGUCUGGUGCUGGAUGAGAACACCAUGAAGAAGCUGACCACGCUGCAGCUGUCGGCCAGCGACCAGGACAGCGAGCCGGGGGAGCUCAUCUACCGGAUCACCAAGCAGCCGGGCCUGGGUCACCUGGAGCACGUGGCCAGCCCAGGCACCCGGAUCAGCUCCUUCACUCAGGCCGACCUGGCUUCACGCAGCGUCCAGUACGUCCACAGCAGCGAAGAAGAGAAGCACGCCGACCAGUUCUCCUUCACCGUGUCGGACGGGACCAACGAGGUGGCCCAGACCUUCUACAUCACCAUCAAACCCGUGGACGACUCGCUGCCGCUGCUCCAGGUCCCCGGCAUGCGGGUGCAGGAGGGCGUGAGGAAGACCAUCACCGAGUUCGAGCUGAAGGCCACGGACGCCGACACGGAGGCCGAGUCCAUCGUCUUCACCGUGGUCCAGGCUCCUCGCCACGGCACGGUGGAGCGCACCAACAACGGGCAGCACUACCGGCAGACCUCCAGCUUCAGCAUGGACGACGUCUACCAGAACCGCAUCAGCUACAACCACGACGGCUCCAACUCGCUGAAGGACCGCUUCACCUUCUCCGUGGCCGACGGCACCAACCUGCUGUUCAUGGUGGAGGAGGGCGGCAAGGAGAUCGUGACGGCCGCUCCCCAGAAGUUUAAGAUCGAUAUCCUGCCGGUGGACGAUGGAACUCCGCGGAUCGUCACUAACCUGGGUUUACAGUGGUUGGAGUACAUGGACAACAAGGCCACCAACCUGAUCUCGAAGAAGGAGCUUCUCACCAUGGACCCGGACACGGACGACGGGCAGCUGGUGUACGAAGUCACUACCGAGCCCAAGCACGGCUUCCUGGAGAGCAAACUGAAACCUGGCAGCCCCGUGAGCACCUUCACACAAGCCGACGUCAACAUGGGUCUGAUCCGCUACGUGCUGCACCAGGAGAACGUCCAGGAAACCAUGGACACCUUCAAGUUCCUGGUGAAGGACAGCAAACCCAACGUGGUCAGUGACAACGUCUUCCACAUCCAGUGGUCGCUCGUCAGCUUCGAGCACAAGAGCUACAACGUGAGUGAGAAGGCCGGCACGGUGGCGGUGACGGUGAAACGAACCGGGAACCUCAACCAGUACGCCAUCGUGCUCUGCCGCACGGAGCAGGGCAGCGCCACGUCCACCAGCAGCGUCGGGUCCAACCCCGGGCAGCAGGACUACGUGGAAUACGCUGGACAGGUCCAGUUCGACGAGCGCGAGGACACCAAGGUUUGCACCAUCGUCAUCAACGACGACAAAGUGUUCGAGGGCAUGGAGUUCGAGGGCAUGGAGCUGUUCCACGUGGAGCUGAGCAUGCCCGUGUACGCGCUGCUCGGAGGAAACACCCGAGCCGUCGUCCACGUCAACGACACCGAGGACGAGCCCACGCUGCAGUUCCACAAGAAGAUCUACCACAUCAACGAGAGCACCGGGUUCAUCCACGCUCCCAUCGAGAGGAAAGGUGACACCUCCAGCACGGUGUCGGCUCUCUGCUACACCGUGGCCCGGACGGCUCAGGGCAGCAGCCUCCAGGCGCUGGAGUCCGGCUCCGACUACAAGAGCCGCGGCAUGACGGGCGACAACCGGGUGAUCUUCGGCCCGGGCGUCAGCAUGUCCACCUGCGACGUGAAGCUCAUCGACGACAGCGAGUACGAGCUGUCGGAGGAGUUCGAGCUGGUGCUGUCGGACGCCUCGGACAACGCCCGCGUGGGGGGGGUGACCGUGGCCAAGGUGGUCAUCGACGGACCCAACGAUGCGUCCACCGUGACCCUGGGGAACGCCACCUUCACCUUCAGCGAAGACGCAGGCACGAUCGAGAUCCCGGUGCUGCGUCACGGCAGCGAUCUGUCCUCGCUGACCUCCGUGUGGUGCGCCACUCGACCCUCAGACCCCCCCUCCGCCAGCCCGGGGGUGGACUACAUCCCCAGCUCCAAGAAGGUGGAGUUCAGACCCGGCAAGACUCAGGAGACCUGCAGUUUGACCAUCAUGGACGACAUCCAGAACCCGUCCAUCGAGGGGUCCGAGUCCUUCGUGGUCUUCCUCAGUUCUCCACAGGGGGCGGUCCUUCAGGAGCCGUACGAGGCCAACGUGGUCAUCAGCGACACCUUCCAGGACAUUCCCAGCAUGCAGUUCACAAAGAGCGCCUACACGGUGAAGGAGAAGGAGAGCGUCCUCCACAUCCCCAUCGUCCGAUCCGGAGACCUGUCCUUCAAGUCCUCGGUGCGAUGCUUCACCAGGACCAUGUCGGCCAUGGUGAUGGACGACUUCGAGGAGAGAAGAAACGCCGACGAGUCGCGGAUCACGUUCCUCAAAGGAGAGAAGGUGAAGAACUGCACGGUCCACAUCAACGACGACUCCGUGUUCGAGCCGGAGGAGGAGUUCCAGGUGCAUCUUGGGACGCCGCUGGGCGACCACUGGAGCGGCGCCAUGGUGGGCGUGAGCGACAUCGUCACCAUCACCAUCACUAACGAUGAAGAUGCUCCCACCAUCGAGUUCGAGCAGGCGUCCUAUCAGGUGCGAGAACCUCCGGGUCCGGACGGGAUCGAGGUGCUGAACAUCAAGGUGGUCCGGGGGGGCGACCUGGACCGGACCUCCAAGAUCCGCUGCAGCACCCGGGACGGAUCGGCCCAGUCCGGCGUGGACUACAACCCCAAGAGCCGGGUUCUGAAGUUCCCCCCCGGAAUGGACCACAUCCUGUUCAAGGUGGAGAUCCUGUCCAAUGAGGACAGGGAGUGGCACGAGUCCUUCUCAUUGGUCCUCGGCCCCGAUGACCCUGUGGAGGCGGUGCUGGGGGAGAUCACCACGGCAACCGUGACCAUUCUGGACCAGGAAGCUGCCGGCAGCCUCAUCCUCCCUGCCACGCCCAUCGUGGUCUCGCUCGCCGACUACGACCACGUGGCCGAGGUGACGAAGGAGGGCAGUAAGAAGACCCCCUCCCCGGGUUACCCCCUGGUCUGCGUCACCCCCUGUGACCCCCACUACCCCAAGUUCCCUGUGAUGAAGGAGCGCUGCGAGGAGGCCGGCAUCAACCAGACGCAGGUGCACUUCUCCUGGGAGGUGGCGGCGCCCACCGACACCAACGGCGCCCGCUCGCCCUUCGAGACGGUCACAGACACCACGCCCUACACCGGGGUCAACCACAUGGUCCUGGACAGUAUUUACUUCAGCCGGCGUUUCCACGUGCGCUGUGUGGCUCAGGCCAGAGAUAAGUCCGGUCACCUCGGGACGCCGCUGAGGAGCAACAUCGCCACCAUCGGCACCGAGGGCUCCAUCUGCCACACGCCCGUUACCACGGGAACCGCCCGAGGCUUCCAGGCUCAGUCCUUCAUCGCCACGCUCAAAUACCUGGACGUGAAGCACAAGGAGCAUCCCAACCGAAUCCACAUCUCGGUGCAGAUCCCUCACCAGGACGGCAUGCUCCCCCUGGUGUCCACCAUGCCGCUGCACAACCUGCACUUCCUGCUGUCGGAGUCGAUCUACCGGCAGCAGCACGUCUGCUCCAACCUGGUGACGCUCAAAGACCUGCAGGGGCUGUCCGAGACGGGCUUCCUGGACGACGUGUCCUACGACAGCAUCUCUCUGGGGCCGGGCUACGACCGCCCGUACCAGUUCAACCCCAACGUGCGUCAGAGCAAGAGCAUCCAGCUCUACAAGCACCUGAACCUGAAGAGCUGCAUCUGGACCUUCGACGCCUACUACGACAUGACGGAGCUCAUCGACGUGUGCGGCGGCUCCGUCACCGCCGACUUCCAGGUCCGGGACUCGGCUCAGUCCUUCCUGACGGUGCAGGUUCCGCUCUACGUGUCCUACAUCUACGUUACGGCCCCACGAGGCUGGGCGUCUCUGGAGCAUCACACUGAGAUGGAGUUCUCCUUCUUCUACGACACCGUUCUCUGGAGGACAGGAAUCCAGACGGACAGCGUCCUCUCAGCCCGACUCCAGAUCAUCAGGAUCUACAUCAGAGAAGACGGACGACUUGUGAUCGAGUUCAAGACCCACGCCAAAUUCAGAGGUCAGUUUGUCCCCGAGCACCACACCCUCCCCGGACACAAGUCCCACCUGAUGGCGCCCGACCACCUGGGCGGCAUCGAGUUCGACAUGCAGCUGCUGUGGAGCGCCCAGACCUUCGACUCUCCGUACCAGCUGUGGAGGGCCACCAGCUCCUACAGCAGGAAGGACUAUUCUGGCGAGUACACCGUCUUCCUGAUCCCGUGCACCGUCCAGCCCACUCAGCCGUGGAUCGACCCCGGGGACAAAGCUCUGUCCUGCACGGCCCACGCUCCGGAGAAGUUCCUGGUGCCGAUCGCCUUCCAGCAAACCAACAGGCCCGUCCCGGUGGUGUACUCCCUCAACACGGAGUUUCAGCUGUGCAACAACGAGAAGGUCUUCAUGAUGGACCCGGCCACCGCCGACGUGUCCAUGGCCGAGAUGGACUAAUUCUCCAUGGGUCAGACCAUGUACGGCCGGGUGCUGUGGAACCCUGAUCAGAACCUGAACGCAGCCUACAAGCUGCAGCUGGAGAAGGUUUACCUCUGCACCGGCCGGGACGGAUACGUCCCCUUCUUUGACCCCACGGGGACGCUGUACAACGAGGGGCCUCAGUACGGCUGCAUCCAGCCCAACAAGCACCUCAAGCAUCGCUUCCUGCUGCUGGAUCGUAAACAACCGGACGUGUGCGACAACUACUUCCACGACGUUCCCUUCGAGGCUAACUUCGCCUCCGACAUCGUGGAGCUGCAGCCCGUAGCCGCCAUGCCGGGCGUGGACGGCUUCACCAUGAAGGUCGACGCCCUCUACAAGGUGGAGGCGGGGCACCAGUGGUACCUGCAGGUGAUCUACGUGAUCAGCCCGGAGUCGCGCUCCAGCCCGAGGAUCCAGCGCUCGCUGACCUAUCAGCUGAGUCGCCCCAGACGCGACCUGGUGGACCGCAGCGGGCGCCUGACGCUCGACGAGUCGCUGAUCUACGACAACGAGGGCGACCAGGUGAAGAACGGCACCAACAUGAAGUCGCUGCGCCUGGAGGCCGGCCCCGCCCCCACCUUCAACGCCCACGUGGGCAGCUCGGUGGGCGGGGGCGUGGCCGCCGUCACCAUGCUGGUGCUGGUCCUGCUGGCUUCCUGCUUCCUGUUCGCCCGCUGCCGCCGCGCCGCCACGCUGAAGAAGAGCCAGAGCGCGGCCAAGGCCUACGAGGAGUAUCCGCUCAACACCAAGGUGGAGGUGUGCCUGGACAAGUGUGUGGAGAAGAACUUCAGCUCCAAGCACUGCACGGUGAGGAACGUCAACAUCCUCAACCGCAACCAGGACGCCAACAACAGCAAGGCCAAGGUCAAACAGGUCAACCUGGAGGUCAAGCUCCACAACAACCUCAGCGACGGCACGGAGGUCUGA